UUGCUUGAACUUAUCCUCUAUUUCCAUUUAUUCAUUCAAAUUAUAUUAUUCAGCUCUAAACCGGAUCUGAUCUGUCAUUGAUCGGAUCAUUUCAUCUGUUCUAAAGUUGCAAACAGCGAGGUGUUAAAAUUUCAGACAAGAAACUGCAGUUUGGUUUUAAUGGCAAGUACAAAUGACAACAAAGAUGGGUUGAAGAUGAUAGAGGAACUAACCACCAAUGCUCAGCAGAUCCAAGAACAAGUGUUGCAGCAAAUACUGGAGACGAAUGGUGGGACUGAGUAUCUAAGUCGAUUCAUCAAUGGCCAAACUGACAAGCAAUGCUUCAAAACCAAAGUUCCCAUUGUCACUUAUGAAGACGUUAAGCCCUACAUCGAUCGGAUUGCCAACGGCGAGACAUCGAACAUCCUUGUAACCGAACCGGUCGUCGAGUUCUAUACGAGCACUGGAACUUCAGGAGGGUUGCCCAAGUUGAUACCUGUGACGGCUCAGGUCUACAAUCAAAGGGUUCUUUACUUUCUCCUCUCGAAUUGUCUGAUGAACAAACAAUUGGGUGACUUAGACAAACCCGGUAAAAGAAUGCAAGUUUUGUUUGCCAAACCGGAGACUGAAACCGCUGGCGGCUUCAAGGCAAGAACUGUUCUAACAAGUCUGUUGAAGGAUAGCUGGUUUAUAACAAACGUUUCCAAGCUUUGCACAAGCCCCAUUGAGACAUUGUUUUGUUCAGACAACAACCAGAGCAUGUUCUGUCAAUUACUAAGUGGUUUAAUACAGCGAGACGAGGUGGUUUCAGUUGGCUCGACUUUUGCUACCGUUGUGCUAAGAGCUAUCAAGUUUUUAGAAGAUCACUAUGAAGAGUUAUGCUCCAACAUAAAAACAGGUCGACUUAGCGAUUGGAUCACUGAUUCCGGCUGCAGAAAUGCAGUAUCCUUGAUCCUGAAGCCUAAUCCGGAACUGUCCGAUUCGAUCCGAAACAUAUGUAGUUGUGAAUCAUGGGAAGGAAUACUAAAAAAGCUUUGGCCUAAAGCCGAGUAUAUUAGAGGCAUUACAACAGGUUCUAUGAGCCAAUACGUUGAAACACUUGAAUUCUACGGCGGAGGGCUCCCUCUAGUGUCGAGUAUUUAUAUGUGCUCAGAAGCCAUUUGUGGUCUCAAUUUAGAGCCUCUGGCCAAACCUUCUGAUGUCUCUUACACGUUUCUCCCCAACAUGGCUUACUUCGAAUUCCUCCCCGUCAACAAAGACGGCGCAACGAUGUCCGAACAGAUUCAGAGUGAACCUGUGGAUCUUGUAAAUGUGAGGCUUGGUCAAUAUUAUGAGUUACUUGUCACAACUUUUGCAGGGUUAUAUAGAUACAAAGUUGGAGAUAUUCUUAAGGUGACCGGUUUCCAUAAUAACGCGCCUCAAUUCCAAUUUGUGGAGACGCAAAAUGUAAUUCUGAGUGUGGAGUCGGAUAAAACGAGCGAAUCGGAUCUCUUAAAGGCGGUAACGGAAGCAAAGACUCUUCUUGAUCCUCUUGGAUUCAUCCUGAGAUGGUACACCAGCUAUGUUGAUACAUCUUCGAUACCGGGUCACUAUGUCAUAUUUUGGGAGCUUAUGACAAAAGAAGGCGACGACAAUACCAAAGAGCUCGAUCCGAUGAUAAUGGAGGAAUGUUGCUAUAAAAUGGAAGAGUCGUUGGGUUUUAUAUACAAAAUGUAUAGGAAGGAGAAUGCAAUUGCAGCAUUGGAGAUUAGGGUGGUAAAACAAGCAAGUUUCGAAGCAUUAAUGGAUUAUUACGUGACCCAAGGAGCUUCUGUGAGUCAAUACAAAGGACCUGCUUGCAUUAAAUCUAAAGAUGCUCUUAAAAUUUUAGACUCGAGAGUGAUCGCAAGGUUUUCUAGCCCAAGAAAACCGAAGUUGUUGUAAUUUCCUUUCCCUAAAUAAGUAUGUUUUGUGUGCUAAACGAUUAAAAGAUGGUAUAACCAAAUUUAUAUUUGGUGUAGGGUGAAA